AUGCAACUUACGCAUGCUCGGUUGUCAACUUUCAAUGGCGGUGUGAAACCACGAGGACAUCACAUAGGCAUGAUCUAGUUGCGAUUUUCAAGAAAAGUACAUUACGAAUAUCAUUGAAAUUUUACCACCAUAGAAAAUGGGUAACGUUUAUGCUGCUGCGCCCCCUCCCGCACCCAAUAUGUCGCUUUCUCCCCCAGUACUGGCUCCGCCAUCAACGACCAGUGCACCCGGGGAAACCGCUCCACAGCCCCCGUCAAAUGCAGACGAUAACAAUCCCGGCACCUACGAAGACCUACAUAAAAAGUGCAAAGGUAGAUUUCAGGUUUAUCCGGUCAUUAUAGGGGAUGUGGAUGCUAGUGGAAACCUUAAUGCCAAUGUCAUUCAUGCAUUUUCUGAACGAAUAAGAACAAAAUUUGUUUCACAGUUUCAAGACAGUAAAUGUGCAGCUGCUCAAGGAACAUUGGACUACAAAGGUGACGACUACACCGCAUCACUUACAGCUGGAAAUCUAGACGUUAUAAAUAACUCGGGUAUAUUUGUUUCACAGUAUCUACAGAGAGUAACCUCACGGCUAGCACUAGGAGCAGAAUUAGUGUAUCAGUUUGGUCCACAGAUCCCCGGUAAACAAUUCACAGUCGUAUCAUUAGCCGGACGCAUUACAGGACAGCGGUGGCAGUUGACUGGAAACAUCUGUCCGACAGGUGGGGCAGCUCAUGCCUGUUACCACCACAAAAUUAGUGAACAACUUCAAGUAGCCGCCGAAGUGGAAACAAGUCUGGCCAGCAGGGAGAGCGUUGGCACAUUAGGUUACCAGCUAGAAAUACCAUCAACUAAUGUUACAUUUAAAGGUCAAGUAGACACCAAUUGGUCUGUAGGUGCCACAAUGGAGAAAAAGUUGAUGCCGCUUCCUUUCACCUUUGCACUUAGUGGCAUGGCUAAUUAUGCGAGCACACAGAAACCUCAGUACCGCUUUGGUAUAGGACUAAUAGUGGGAUGAAUACCCCUGUGAUUAGCCAGUGUGAUAUACAUUUAUAUGGAUGCAUUACAAGUUCAGACUGUUAAUGGUCUCACCGACUGUGUGGGCACGAGUUGUGACAAGUGUAUCAUCAGUGUGUAUGCACACUGCUUUUGUGUUAUUUUUACACUGCGAAUGGUGUGAAAAAUGACUGGAAUUGUUCAAAAUGCAUGCAUGCUGAAAUUUCAUUUGUGGCACGAAAGGGGGGAAAUCAGAUCAAAUAGGUAUACGGCCUGUUCCAAAAUUAUCAAUAUGGGAGGGGUGGAAGGCAUCUUUUCAGUGACCCUGCUACCAGUCUAAAACAUAUUUAGUAUAGGGAAAACAUGUGCUGGGGAAAAUGGGGCUUUACAACAACCGCCCAUCAAAUUUUUAACUUAAGUGCCUUCCACCUCUCCUGCACAGAUAAUUCUGGAAUAGCCCUAAAUGAUUUUAGGAAACCUGAUAGAGAUAUAUAUAUUUCUAAUGAACAUUGGUACCUUUGAGAUAGAAUUUUAAAAUGUGAUGAAAUCAGGAAAAUGAAUUUGAUCAGGCAUGAGCAGUUAAAGAAUAUUGCAGUUUGGUUUUAAUUAAGAUGAGUAAAAGGAAUCUCUAGGUUCAGAUUAGAAUUUCUUUCCCACACAACCUGAUUUUAAUUAACAUAGAGUAUGGAAAUUUCUUUGUUUUCUGACACUAAUUUCGAAGUCACUCUAGUUUUAAACUACUGACUAUAAAAUUCCAGCAUAAAUCUUCAUGAAGUAUGCAAAAGUUCGAAAGACAGAACUGUUAGGACUCCAUCUUCUGUAUGAGAGUUGCCUUUCUUCAAUAUUUCACGGGUACAUCACCGUUUUUACCUGGGGGGGGGGGGGGGGGGGGGGGAUUUUAACAUGACUCUUCUUCAUUUACUAACCUAAAGGCAAGAGAACUUGCAUUCUGACACUUAUCAUUUUGAAAACAAUAUCUCCUACAGUGACAUCUACAUCUUCCACUUUCCUGUCCAUCAAUGUAUCGUUAUACAGUGUUAAAACCAGUAUUGUGUCAUGAAGUUUUUCACAUAUUUCAUGUGCAACUGAAAAGUAUGGUGUAUUCAGUGUCACACUGAAAAGCAUAUUUUUUUACUGUUGGAAAAUGUUGGUGAAAAAUGAACAACAAUCCUGAACUUCUGUUUGUUGCAGACAGAGAAGUGUGUACUUCAGAUUUAAUAUAGUUUGACCAACCAGAGCCUCCUUCUAUACCUGAACAAUUUAACACUUGGGUCGAUAUUUCUCUUAUCUAUAUUGCACAGCAGAGAUGAAUUUUUGGGUUCUGUUAAUCCUGUUUCAUGAUGCUUGUAUACAUGUAACCUGUGCCUGUGAGAAGAAAAGCUGAUGCUCACAGUUGUUUGAGGUCUAUAGAUGUUUUUUGUGUAGAACCUAGGUAGUAUGAGCGUAAUUUGUAUGUCAAGUCUGGGCACAAUUGAAUAUUUUUAGUUUUGAGUAAAAAGAGGCUACAUAAAAUACUGGUUGAUGUUGAUGGUAUUACUUUCGGUCAAGAUAGCUUCAAAAGUUCCAAAAAGCACGAGCAUAAACAAGUGUUUUUUGUAAUUUAAAAAAAACAUACUAACAGGAGUGAAAGUUUGGGAUUUCUGUUUCUAUCAAAAGUUGUCAAAACGCAUUAACGGUUUAUACUGUGUGUGUUAUAAACUGUACAUUAUACAGCAGUUGUAAUGAUUAAUUGACGCCUUGGGAGUUGAACGACCUAUUGUGGUAAAAACAGAAUCUUUAGUAUGUAGCAAACACAGAUGUUUUCAGUGCUUCAUUAGUUUUGGGAGUUACAUCAGUUUAGGGUGUACAAGUACAAAAAAUAUGUGGAAUAUGGACGCCAGUAUGGAUGUUGAAAUUUCCUUGAUAGAUAAAUUGCAAACAUGGGAUGAAAACUACGAUGUAAGGUUGUAUUAGAUUCUGUAACAACCAACAUAACCUCAAAGUCUGCAUACUUCGCACAAAGGAAAAGUACUACAAUCUCAGGCAGCAUUAGAACAUGAUCACUCUUAAUAUAACCCACACUGUAGGACUGUAGGCCAAGGUUUCACAUAAAAUGUAUUUGUCACUGCUGCAGAAGUUUGGGUGUCAUUUUCCCUCAAUUUUUCCAUUUUGAUACUGAAUAAUUUAUUGUUGAAAGUGUAAUGCGUGUAUUUAGGAAAUCAUAUAUAUAGGUAUUGAAAGCGUAUCAUAUCUGGGUGAAAUGUCAAACUUGUUCAUGAAUGAUUCCACAUGAUUUGAGGAUGUGUACAUAUAUAUUCACACAGAACGUAUGUAUACAAACAAUGUACAUUUAUAAAUAAAACGGAGGCCCUUUUGAAAACCAUCAUUUUAAAAUUUAUGAUAAUACCUUUUAAUUACAGCCCUUAACAUUGUGGGUAUUAUACAAUGUCUUGAAGAAUUAAUUUUGUAUCAAGCAGUAUAGAUACUACUGUUAACGUGGUAAUUUACGCGAGAUGGAAAUUUUAAGUAAAACGUGAAGGCCAUUCAACAGCAAAAUUUCUAUCGCGCAUAUUAUUUUGCGAUAUACCUGGCAUUUAUGGAACAGUUGAAUAAGAAAAAUUUGGGUAAUUAUCCCCACAUGUAUAAUUUACUGAUCAAAAUUGCAGAAUAAACCCCCGCGAUAUAACCACGUUGACCGUAUCUAUAAGAUUCCUGGUUAAUGAUUAAUGGUUGAUGACCGUACACAACCUGAUGAUAUGUGUAUACUAGUUAGAUUGUUGCAACUUGGCUUUAUUUCUCUGUACAUAUUGAAAGUGUAUAUGUGUGUGAGUGAUUGUGAGAAGCAGAAUAAAAGCAAAAUCUUUGA